GAAAUGAGAUAAAAAAGAAGAACGUAGAAGAAAAGAAAGAGAUAAAAGGCAGGCAGAAUUUUGUUUUGAAUCCUAACCUCUUUUCCAUAUGCAUUUUGGAGAAGGUUUUUGUUUAUGCAUUUUAUAAAUCAUAAUAAAAGAUUAGUCAUUGGUCAGCCAAUAUAUUAAAACUAGACGAAAAGUAAUCUCAUUAUUUUCAAUGCUUAAUUCUUGCCCGUACAAGAGUCUGGAUCAUUGACGGAAGAAACUUUGAAAAUGGAAUCUAAAAUUAUAGCUUCAGAAAAUUUGUAUAUUAGAAAAAGAAAAAAAAGAAAAGGGAUUCAAUACGCAUUUAGUUUGACUAUUAAAGUGUCUUUGUCACCUUUGAAACAAAAAAUAAAAUAAAAAUGAAAAAGGGAAACUGUAACCACUCUCUUUGAUGUAUUUAUAUAUAAAUACAAGAGGGGUAUGACAGAGAUUAUAUGCAGUGGGAUUAAGAUUUAAGCAUCCUAUAUAUCUUUGUUGGUUUGUGAUCUGAAAGUGUCUUGAGUUACUUCUAAAAGAGAGAAAAAUUAUGGGGGAUGUAUUGACUGAAGAGCAGAUUGCUGAGUUUCAGGAAGCUUUUUGUUUAUUUGACAAAGAUGGAGAUGGAAGAAUUACAUUUGGGGAACUGGCCACAGCAAUAAAGGCGCUAGACCAAAACCCAACAGUAGAAGAACUGCAGAUUAUGAUCAACGAAGUUGAUGUCGAUGGUAAUGGAACUAUAGAAUUUGGGGAGUUCUUGAAUCUUAUGGCCAGGAAAAUGAAGGAAAAUGAAGCAGAAGAGGAAUUGAAAGAAGCUUUCAAAGUGUUCGACAAGGAUCAAGAUGGCUACAUUUCACCUAAUGAGUUGAGGCAUGUAAUGAUCAGCUUAGGAGAGAAAUUGACAGAUGAAGAGUUGGAACAGAUGAUUAGAGAGGCUGAUUUGGAUGGAGAUGGGCUUGUUAAUUACGAGGAAUUUGUCAGGAUGAUGCUAGACUGGGUCUUCUUUUGGGCUUUAACUGUUGUAAUCUUUGUGCGUUGGGCCUAAAAUCACAAAAGUCGAACACAGACAAGAGGCGUCACGACAAAGUUUAACAGAAGGAAGGAAGGAAGAAGUCAUGACAGUUUCAAUUAUUGCUUAACCUAAGAUUUGAUUUUCUUUCAAAAGAAAAAAGAAGAAGAAGAAGAAGAAGAACAAAGGCUUGAUUUAGUUUAUUGUGAAGGUCAUCUCCUUUCUCCUGUGAUGAUGAAUAGUCAUAUGUGAAUGACGUAGGAUCCAUCUCAAUUUAGCUUUACUCUUGGUCGGACGGAGCCAAUUAAGAUUA